AGUAUCGCCGUGCAGUUGGUAAAGUGAAGUGUCCGUCGUGCUCAGGGGCGGGCGGAACGGGAUGACGGACGCGGCGAUGGGCCAGUGUGAGCGGCGAGUGGGCGCGCGUGACGUGCGUGGCGUGCGUGGCGUGCGUGCGUUGGCCUGGGAAGCACUGGACCUGUGAGGUGUGCGAGCUGGUGGCAGUGAGAGACUUCGGCGGACAUGGCUCCCAGCGUGCCAGCGGCAGAACCCGAGUAUCCUAAAGGCAUCCGGGCCGUGCUGCUGGGGCCUCCCGGGGCCGGUAAAGGCACCCAGGCACCCAGAUUGGCUGAAAACUUCUGUGUCUGCCAUUUGGCUACUGGGGACAUGCUGAGGGCCAUGGUGGCUUCUGGCUCAGAGCUAGGAAAAAAGCUGAAGGCAACUAUGGAUGCUGGGAAACUGGUGAGUGAUGAAAUGGUAGUGGAGCUCAUUGAGAAGAAUUUGGAGACCCCUUUGUGCAAAAAUGGUUUUCUUCUGGAUGGCUUCCCUCGGACUGUGAGGCAGGCAGAAAUGCUCGAUGACCUCAUGGAGAAGAGGAAAGAGAAGCUUGAUUCUGUGAUUGAAUUCAGCAUCCCAGACUCUCUGCUGAUCCGAAGAAUCACAGGAAGGCUGAUUCACCCCAAGAGUGGCCGUUCCUACCACGAGGAGUUCAACCCUCCAAAAGAGCCCAUGAAAGAUGACAUCACCGGGGAACCCUUGAUUCAUCGAUCAGAUGAUAAUGAAAAGACCUUGAAAAUCCGCCUGCAAGCCUACCACACUCAAACCACCCCACUCAUAGAGUACUACAGGAAACGGGGGAUCCACUCUGCCAUCGAUGCAUCCCAGACCCCUGACGUCGUGUUUGCAAGCAUCCUAGCAGCCUUCUCCAAAGCCACAUGUAAAGACUUGGUUAUGUUUAUCUAAUGUUGGGUCCAAGAAGGAAUUUCUUCUUCCUAUCCCUGUGAGGGAAUGGCUGGGAAUGAUAGGACAGGCAAAGAGAAGCUUCCUCAGGCUAGCAAAAAUAUCAUUUGAUGUAUUGAUUAAAAAAGCACUUGCUUGAUGUAUCUUUGGCGUGUGUGCUACUCUCAUCUCAUCUGUGUGUAUGUGUGUGUGCGUGUGUGUGUGUACAUGCAUGUACGUAUGUGUUCACUCUCCUACUUUGUAAGUUUUAGGCUAGGUUGCUUUACCAGCUGUUUACUCCUUUUUUGUUGUUGUUUUGAGACAGGGUUUCACUCUGCCACCCUGGCUGGAGUGCAGUGGCGCGAUCUUGGCUCACGGAAACCUCUGCCUCCUGGAGCUCAAGCAAUUCUCCCACCUCAGCCUCCUGAGCAGCUGGGACUACAGGUGCACGCCACAACACCUGGCUGAUUUUUGUAUUUUUUGUAGAGACAGGGUUUCGCCAAGUUGCCCUGGCUGGUCUUGAACUCCUGGGCUUAAGCAGUCCACCCACCUUGGCCUCCCGAAGUGCCAGGAUCACAGACGUGAGCUACCACACCCAGCCCAGCUGUUUACUUCUUUAACCAUACUUUUGAUUUUAUUUUUUGACCAAAAUGAACUAACCCAGGUAAUCUUCCAGGGACCGCAAUUCCAGAACCUCAUAGUAUUUCUUCCAUUUCCAGCAGCUGAAUAGAAGUCCAGGAUCAUGUGAAGUCAGGCAGGGUCACAGUUCCUGAUGGCACAUUAUGGACAGAGAAUUCCAUUUUGUUUUCUGACCCAUAAUGAAAACCCACAUGAGUCAGUGUGUGAACAGGGAUCAUUAAUUUUUCCCCCUAGGUGGAAGGAAAAAGGCACUUAUGUUGCAGGUUACAGAAAUUACUGGGAGAGGAUAUCGUCAUAAAAAGAGCCAGGCCAAAUUGGAAUAUUUUUGUGAUCUGCAUCAUGAUGCUGAAAAGUAGCGAUUAUUUGGGAAUUGGGUUUGAAAACUGAAUUGUUGCCAGAGAAUUAAACCAGGUGAAAGGUCCUUUUGAAUUCAGAUUGCCUUCUGAACAUCCUGGCUGAUCAUCUGAGAGCAGUCAAAUCUACUUCCCCAAAGAGAGACCAGGGUAGGUUUAUUUGCUUUUAUUUUUAAUGUUUGCCUGCGUUUCCAAGUGUGAACAAAACAGUGUGUGAUCUAUUCUUGGAUUCAUUUUGAUCAGUAUUUAUUCAAACCCAGUCUCCCUCCAGGACAUAAAACUGAAAUCAGAUAUGUUCUUUUUAAGCCCAAACCCUCUCCCUUCUAGAUCCAACCCUUCACCCCUAAUUUUAUGAUGGCUAUAGCCAUGGACUUCCCCAAGAAAAGAUCACCCAGAAAUAAGACCACCUGUGACAGUAACCAGCUUUUAUUCAUAACCUUAGCUUCCCAACUAUUGAGCAUUUUCUAAGGUCCCUGCUAUGUCUUUUGGUCUCUGGUUUGAUUUGUGGCAAACAGAUGAAGUAACAGACUGCUAUGAAGGACCACAAAAACAGCCGCCUCUGGAAAAACCAUUAGAAAGUCAGUGGCAGAUCCAGUAAAUAAUAUUGCCAGCCUCAGCAUAAUCUGCUGCUGACUCGAUUCAGUGGACUCUAAAGUGUGCAGCCUCCUGACCUGAGCUCUCCUGCCGUCUGUGAGACUACCAGAGGUCUUAUCUGCCAUCCACAUGGCAACUGGGCAUGAGUACCUGGCCACCUUGCUUCCCUCUUUGCCUAGUCCAUGUGAGUGUCUGCUGCCUCUGUCCUGCUUUGUUUUCCUGGCUCUAAACUAGCUCCACCCACUCUUAAUGGAAACUCAGUCUGGCUUUGUGUGUUUCUGGGAAGCACAUGACUUCUGGGAAUGGGCAAGGAAGAGGAGUGAAACAAAAACUGUCAGCUGUGUGUGCCUGGUCUGGGAUCCCUCUCUGGGUGACAGUGGCAUCAUGAAUCUUAGAAUCAGCUCCCCUUUAACUAGGGACAGUUGUAAGCACUUGGACUCAAAGUUGAGGUCCCUGAAUGUUUGCUAAUUGAAUGUGCAUGAUCCUCGCCCAAAUAUUUGUCAUCCAUCCACAUAGAUUCACGUGUGCAUACAACAUGUACAAGUAAUAUUUGGGCUGCCCAUAAGAACUAGAAGAUUCAUAGGGAAUGCAUAUACCCUUCUGAGUAUGGUUAGGAUUCUGGUUAUGCUUCGUUUAAUUCCAGUGUUCCUCAGCCUCAGCAGGUUCUGCUUUUACCUGUCAGAGAAAUGUCCAGUGUUUAAUGCGUUUGGUUGCUGGGGCUUACAUGCCAGCCUCCUCUGAUAUGUACUUGGUUUUUAAAAACCCAUUUUGUUCUCUCUUGUUUCCUCUCUAUUUCAGCCUAGUAUCAGAAGGCCAGGCGAGACUGCAACACUGCUCAUCACCCCGCGGCGUGAUCCCUGCUCUUAGGUGCUGGGCAGAAGGGAAGGGUGGUCAGGGUGAGGAUGGUGAGGGAGGGCUGGUGAGGGGCUCAGAGGAAUACUUGGAACAACGGCAGUGUUAUUGUAGUGUAGCAGUUUUUUUAUACAUAGGUGAGAGUUUUUAAAGUGUAAGGGAAACAUUAAUUUUUUAAAAAACACCAUGCUUGGAGGGUGGGGGUAGAAAUAGAGAGAUACAAUAUUAUUUCUAAGGAAUCGGGUUUUCAUUUACUCUGGACUGGUGAAAAUAUUUUUUUUAAAGCCAGUACUCUAAGACCUCAGCUUUUAUCUCAGAACCCCAUGGGUUCCAGACCAAGAGUACAGGAAAUCAAAUUGUUGUCCUGUCUGUCUAUAGCUUGGAACAGGGAGGCUUUGAUUACUGACCCUGGUUCCACACACUGUAAGAUCAAAAAACCAUCUCCACAUUUGAAAGAGAUGUAAGGUGUAUUCAUAGGGAUGGUGGCUCAACAAAUCAAGCAAACUGGAAUCAAGGGGAGGGGGAAGGGAAUGAAAUGGAAAGGGAGGCUGAUUCCCUUCCCCUGACUUACCACUAAUUUACUAGGCUACCUACUCUCAUGAGUAACCUCUCACAGCUACCCGGCACAUGCCACAAUCCUAUGCUCUUGCCUUCUUUUAUCUGCAGUGUGUGAAGGGACUCUUUUAAAUAAAUGAGCAAGUGUCCUAAGCUAUGUCAUCCAAAGAUUGUCCUUUCCAUUCUCAAAUCCUGUGACUGGGAUCACUCAACAGCACUGUGAUGUAUUAUUUUCAAUGAGGUGCCUUUCUUAACUGACCAAAUGCUGCCUUGUUUGGCCCCUAAAUCAAUAAAAUAUGUUAAAAUUUGUA